AUGCAGAAAGAAUACGUUGUAAUGGGGCUCCAGUGCGCAUUGUUGUUCGGAUAUUUCGCCGUGGUUCAGGCCUGGGCGCAGUACGAGGAAUGGACACCGAGCUUUCCCUGGACGGAGAAAAUGACCAUCAAGAACCCGGAAAACAGCCCUUACUUCAACGACCCAGAUCUUGGGUCUCUGCAAGAUGCAUGGCAGGUCCUAGAAGAAAUGUCAAAUAAUGCGUAUUUUUUGUUGUUUCGCACCAACUUUCCCGUUUAUGAGAAAUGUAUCUCCACAACAGCAAAUAUCACAGACAAAACGAAAAAAACCGCAAAUUACACAAUAAUCAGUUACGAUACGGGAAAAAAGAAAUACGAGAAUUUCACACUACAAGUGAGAGCUCUGAAUCAAACUGACUACCCGCUUGAAAACGUCAUAAGGGCAAACUUCAAAGGAACACUCCCAAAUGCUACUCCGGUUCCCCCGGGAAGCUACACGUACGCUGUGUGGGACAACUCCACCUGUUAUUCCAGAAGUACUCCCUUUCCUGAUAGGGGAAAUGCACGGGACUAUGGUAGUUCUACGGGGAAUGUUCUAGAUAAAUUGUUCUACAUACCGGAAAGUGCUGAAGAUUUUGACAUGUAUGUCGUAUACAACGAGCCGCAAUGUCAUAUCCUUAGGAAUCCCGCAACCUCAGGAGGAUGCGACUUGUGGCUGAGAAAAACCGACUUGAAAAAAAUAGUGGAUGACCUGGCAAAUGAAAUAAUGAAAAAAGAAAAGGAACUCUAUAAGGAGCAUAAGGAAACAUUGGGAAUCUAUGACAACUGCACUGCGAGAGAUGAUCAAAAAGAAGACCUAAAAGUUUACGUAGAAGAUGACAUUGAAAGAUGGUUUCAAGACAUCGCAUGGAAACAGAUUUCCCUCGACUGCGUUCUCGCCUUCAUGAUAACCUGUGGAGAGCCAGUAUUUAGAGCUUACAAUCCAAUAACCUGUAAUACCUCCCUAACAGGGUAA